AGCAACGAAAACGCGUCAAAGAUUCAAGAGAGAAAAAAGGGUCACAGACUCACACCAGCCAAUACUCAUCACUCUCCAAUCUCACCCAAGAAAGAGAGAAAGAGCUUAAACCUUGUUUGGAUUGGAAUGGCAUGGCCUUCUCUCUCUUCCUUUCUUCCCUCAAAACACCUACAAUCUCACUCAUCCUUCUCUCCACUCUCCUCUUCUUCCUCUUCCUCACACCCUCCCCAAACUACCCCUCCACAAGCCCAUUAAUCCCCCACAGGUCCCUCCUCAACACCACCACCACCACCACCACUACUUCCCUCUCCUGCUCCUCCAUCCUCCAAACCCCACCUCACAAUCGCUGCUCUUUCUCUCUCCUCCACUACAAUGGCGACCCUAACAGCCUCAUCAACUACUUCUCUCUCCAUUUCUGCCUCUUCCACCAAAACCCAUUUGCCUGUCCCCUUUCUCUUCCUCACUAUCCUCUUCCAGUUCUAUGUCCACGUCAAGACCGCUCAGGAUCAAUUCUCUGUUGUGGUCACCAAGCUCGUUACCCACCUCAAUUUGUCACCCAGUAUUGGGGCUGUGACUCUUCUUGCACUCGGCAAUGGUGCCCCCGAUGUGUUCGCAUCGGUCGCUGCGGUCCGCGAAGGCCAUCCAAGGACUGGGUUCGGCGCGAUUUUGUCGGCCGGGACGUUUGUUUCGGCAUUGGUUGUUGGGUUUGUGGCGAUUUAUGCAGCACCCUUUUCUGUGGACCCUGUGCCUUUUGUGAGGGACGUGUUGUUUUACUUGACUGCAGCUUUGUUCUUGUUCUAUGUUUAUCUUAGUGCUGAGAUUUUUCUAUGGCAGGCUAUUGGGUUUGUUGGGUUUUAUCUUUUCUUUGUUGGGUUUGUGUUUUGGAUGGAUUUGGGGAUGGAUGGUGGGAAAAGAAAUGGUGGGGUUGAGGUGGGUGGUGGUUUGGUUGGGGAUGUUGAGGUUCGGAAGGAUUUAAUUGCUUUGGAUUAUAAAAAUGAAGAAUUGUUGGGGAAAGAAGAGGAAGGGAAGCCGGGUUUUCAUUUUCGACAAGUUGUUAGGCAGAUCUCAAAAGUGUGGGAGCUUCCAGUCUCAAUUCUUCUAAAACUCACUAUCCCCCAGACUUCUCCUUCUCAAUGGAACAGAUUCUAUCGAUCUGCCAACAUUGUUCUUUGCCCGCUUGCCCUUCUAUACUUUUGUAACUCAUUCAUGCCACUAAAUCAUCCCAUUAGUUUUCUCCUUCCGAAUUCCCAUUUUCCUCUCUGGCUAGUAGUACUCUUUGCAUGCUCCUCUCUAGCAGUUCUUCACCACAUAGUCCAAAAAGAGCCCCCCAAAACCGAGGAAAUGCCCAUAGUGCUCAUAGCAUUUGUAAUGAGUGUAUUUUGGAUCUCUGUCAUGGCCAGGGAACUCCUAAACUGCCUUGCAGCUCUCGGAGCACUUCUUGAGUUGCCUCCUGCACUACUUGGGCUGACAGUACUUGCAUGGGGAAACUCAGUGGGUGAUCUUGUUGCUGAUGUGGCAGUCGCUAAAGCGGGCCAGCCAGCGCUGGCCAUGGCUGGUUGCUUUGCUGGGCCUAUGUUUAACAUGCUUUUUGGGCUUGGCACGGCUUUGGUAAUACAGACUGCCAAUGUGUAUCCAAAAGCUUACGAACUCCAUUUCCAUGUCAGUAUUGUGGUUGCGUUUGUCUUCUUGCUUCUAAGCCUGAUGGGUUCUCUAUUAGUAAUAACUUGGUAUAGGAUUCGGGUACCUAGAUUUUGGGGAUUUUUCCUUGUUGGUCUCUAUGUUUCUUUUAUAGCUGUGAGCUUAGUUAUUGCCAAGUUUACUGUGUGAUUUUUUCCACAUGCCUGGAGAGCAUUUUAUCUGAUAAUUGCUGAACCAGCAAUGGUGAUCAUGGGAAGAUUACAUGGCAAAUUCAGUGUUUUGGGUUAUAUCUGCUCAUGAAAUGCUUAUAUCAUUCAUCAUAAGAAGAUAGUUUGCUGUAUUUACUAUGGUUUGUCCAAGAAAAAGUGUUGAUCUUUUCUUGUCUGCCCAAAGUUGAGGUCAUGGAUACAUCCCAUUUUCAGUUUGAAGACAUGGAGCAUACAUCUUGUUUCAUUUUUUUAUUCUUUUAGAAAAUAUACUUCUGUUCAGUUUUCCUGCUUUAUUCACACGGGCGAGAUAUUUAUUAUUUAGCUGACAAUCACAAAACAUAGAGUGAUUUUUUGUCAUGGACAUGUUCUAGUCAUGGCAAGAAGAUUUAGCUUUUUAUAUUUGACAGGUCUGUUUUCAUGAUUUUGUUACACCUUGUGGGAAUUUUACUGGUUUCUGUAGGCAUUCUGAGCUGAUUGCUCAUUAAAAUUUGAUUUUGAUUGAGGAA